UUUUGUUUCUGUUUUUUUUUCAUUCUUCCUUAUCUCUCUUUUAUUCUUUUUCUUAAGAAUAGGUAUUGUAUCAAAGGCUAGGUAUUGUAUCCUCCAACGACCUCUAAUAGUCGGCGGCUAGAAUUGGAUCGAAAAGCAAAGCUUGGUUCGAAGGUGAAGGACACAGAGUAGACUAGAAAAGGUUUGAAAGGCUUUGGUUUAGAACGGUUCAAAACAAAAGACAAAGCAAGGAUUUCAUGGUGGUGGAAUAGAAAAAGGAAGGCGCUUCCGAGCUGCUUUCUGUUCAGAUCCUUCUCUUUCUCUGUUUUGGCGACUCCAUUAUCCUUCAGUUGGUUCGAACGCGACCGUGAGUUCAGCAAGAAACCUUGGCAACUAGAAAAUUAGGGUUUCAGGUGGCCAUGAGAGGUGGAAGGAAGAAUUUGAAGAGGGCAACAGAGGAAAAGCAUGUAACCCUGCAAGAUGGGCAAAGCAUCAUGCAGGUGGUGUCUCUUCGAGGCUCCAAUCUUAUUGAGGUCAUGGAUGCAUGUGGUGAGAAAUCCUUAGCUCUAUUCCCUGCUAAAUUUCAGAAAAGCAUGUGGAUUAAACGAGGGAGCUUCGUUGUUGUUGAUGAUAGUGGAAAGGAAAAAGCCCUUGAAUCGGGUAGCAAGGUUGCUUGUCUUGUUUCUCAAGUUCUUUUCUAUGAACAAGUUCGAGCACUAAAGAAAUCUCCGGAUUGGCCUGAAAAUUUUAAGUCUGCAAUGGUAGAUGAUUCAUAUGAAAGAACCACCGCCCAACAAGAGAAUGAGAUGGACGCGAGCGAUGAUGAUGGACUACCUCCAUUGGAAGCCAAUACAAAUAGGAUGAGACCUUUUGAGUUGCAAGCUGAUGCAGAUUCAGAAUCUAGUUCAGAUGCGGAUGAUGAAUCAUAAUAUAGUUAGGCUGCCAUAUAUAUAUGAAUGAUUACAUUCAACUGACAAUGUAUGUUAAAGAAUGUUGUCCCAUCUGUGUGCUGAUUCCUUCAGCUCUCAAUUAAAAGAAAUGAAUUGAAUUUGCCUAAU